UCUCUCUCUCCUCUCUCUCUCUCUCUCUCUCUCUCUCGCUCUGCCUCGCUCUAGCGCUCUGUAUCUGUGUUUGCCGUUGUGGAAGUCAGAUUGCACAGUGAGGAGAUGCUGGCAGCUGACUGUGGAAUGAGCUCACAGAGAGACGCACCAACGUGGAAUUAUUAUCAGGCUUAUCAAGGAGACCAUGGCAGCAUCUUGUCCUCCUCCCUUUCAUCACUCUUCCCUCUUUUGAAGUGACCAAGUUUUUUUUUUUUUUUUCUCUGCCUGUGAAUUCCCCGGAGCGGGUUCUGCAGCACCUGGUCCAGUGAUCAGUUCAGGUUAGGUGGGGAUCCGUCCUCCCCUCCUCCUCCUCGUUUUACGCGGCGCACUUCCGCCACCUGUGCUUUUGGUGGAAAAGGGGGGUAUCCAGAGGCUUUGGGAUGACGGAGAUCCUGGUAUCGGAUGUAAACUUGAACUCGGUGUGUGAGCGUCUGGAGCAGCACUGCUGCGUGGACCAGAACCAGCACAAUCUGUCCAGCCAGCCGCAGACCCCCGUGCUGAAGAGACACAGCAACACCGGGGCCAAGCUAUGGGGCCGCGUCCGCAGCAAACUGCUCAGACAAAAGCUGGAUCCUCAGACGGUGCAGUCCAAGAACUGGCACAUGGACGUGAUAGAGAUGAACGGGAUCAAAGUGGAAUUCUCCAUGAAGUUUACAAGUCGGGACCUCAGCUUGAAGAGAACGCCGUCCAAAAAACAGAGCGGGGUGUUUGGAGUCAAGAUCAACGUGGUCACAAAGCGCGAGCGCUCCAAGGUGCCUUACAUCGUCCGUCAGUGCAUUGAGGAAGUGGAGAAGAGGGGGAUUGACGAAGUGGGAAUCUACAGGAUCUCAGGGGUGGCCACCGAUAUCCAGGCCCUCAAACUAGCAUUUGACACCAAUACCAAAGAUAUCCUGGUGAUGCUGAGCGACAUGGACAUCAACGCCAUCGCAGGGACGCUGAAGCUGUACUUCAGGGAGCUGCCGGAGCCUCUGCUCACCGACCGCCUCUACCCCGCCUUCAUGGAGGGCAUAGCGCUCUCAGACCCGGCAGCCAAGGAGAACUGCAUGAUGCACCUCCUGCGCUCCCUGCCGGACCCCAACCUCAUGACCUUUCUCACUCUGCUGGAGCACCUCAAACGCGUUGCUGAGAAGGAGCCCAUCAACAAGAUGUCCCUUCACAACCUGGCCACCGUGUUCGGCCCGACUCUGCUCAGACCCUCAGAGUCCGAGAGCACGAAGGGCCAGCACAUCACCUCCGCCUCCGACAUCUGGUCGCAUGACGUCAUGGCGCAGGUCCAGGUGCUGCUCUACUACCUGCAGCAUCCUCCCAUCUCCUUUGCUGAACUGAAGCGCAACACGCUCUACUUCUCCACUGACGUUUAAUCCCCACCGCCUCCCUCAGGGCUUCAUCUGGAGACGAGAGAGAGAGAGACUCCAUACAAACAUUGGUCCCUGCCACUCAGUCGUCCUGCCUCACCUCUCCCCCCCAGCAGGCAGCUCGUCUUGACUGUACAGCCCCUUCCCCACCCUCAUAUCUACCCUGUCUAAACCCCCCCACCCACCCAGUCCCAUGAAGAGAUGGAGUCGAGCACGUAGGGAGGUCGACUCGUCCGUCGUCCGAUAGUCACAUGUCAUGUCCUGUUUUGUAACGUGAGGAAAGCGGAGCCGCCUCCCACCGACGAGACGACGAGGCGUUCUGGGACCACUGUGGGAAGCGUCGAGGGGGAAGUUGGGGUCCGAAGGCCACGGCCUGGAGCGGUGGCACGGGAUAACGCCUGGGCGUGUGCGGUGGUGUCAUCUAAUGAGCCCGUUCUGGUUUAAUGAUCUCAGAAACGACUCACACUCCAGCUUUUUUUGGUUUUUUUUGUUUCCCUGAUCAGAGGCAUUCCAGAAAAAUGGCAUUUACAUGUUUUAUAAUAAUGUUCAGCAGCUGUUUUGUUUCCUUUUUCUAUCUUUCUGGCUUUGUGCAUGUGGUGGAGGAGGCCGAGGUGUGUGAGCGACGCUGUGGAUGUGCGUGACUGAGUGAGUGAGUGAAUGAGUGAGUGUGUUUAGGGACCUAUAAGAACGUGUCGUGGCUGGGAAGCCAUCCCAAUAAAUGGCUGGGAUCGUGUCUCUCUGUGCUGACAAACCAGAGAGACCUGCCCUCCCCACUGAGACUUGGCCAAAUUAGCCCUAUUUAUUUUAAAUAUAUAUAAUAUGUGUGCCUGUACAGUUCUGUGCAACUAGAGAAAUGCUCUACGGAGUCAGUUUUUUGAAGUUUAUUCAGGUAGUGAUGUUAUUUUUAGUCUAAUUUUCUUAUUCACCAUGUCCAUGGUUGGUAAGCUGUACUGAAAAGAUCACCAGAAAGUCUGCCAAUUAAUUUCAGAUCACUUUGUAGAGGUGGAAGGGCACUCUGUGACAUGACGGUUGUCGGGGGGGAAAAAAACACAAUGAAUGGAACAUUUAGCUUUUCUUUUUUUCUUGUUGUUGCAUUGCAAGCCUGUUCCAAGUGUCUUACUGCACCGGUAUAAUCUGUAGGAUGAUUUGUGUAGUUGCCCUCAUUGCAUGUUCAGCUUGUCAAUCGAACCAGGCCGGGUAACACAAAGGUAGGUUGUCUCUGCAAGGCCCUCGAUUCAAAAAAAAAAAAGAAAAAACAACACCCAUCUCUGCUGUGUACAAAGCCAACCUUUCUGCUAUCAAGUCUGCAACAUAUCUUAAAAUACUGUAAGCACUGCUAGAUGAGUACUAUUUGAUAUUUUUAAUAUAAGAUUAAAAUAAAAUAAAAAGUGUUGUAUUUUACUUCCUUUGAGAAGAAUUUCAAUAUACUGUAAUAUUGAGGCUAAAUGUCAAUGUGAACUUUUCCCCCCUUUUUUUUUUGUAAAAUAAAAGUUAUCAAAACACUCA